GGUAGUGCUGAAUUGCUCGAAACGGUGCUUUAAAAUCGAACGGUAGGUCGAGGACUUGUCAGUGAUAUAUGCGGCCCUUUGCUCGAACAAGGAUCGUUUUUAUUCGCAUGAUUAAGGCAGCCCUGUUCUUCUGCAACCGCAACACGAUCCUCGUACUUCCCGAUGACAUAUGAAUAGUACCUGCCAACUCAUGCUAGAAGAUGAGGGAGGCUUCGUCGCUCAGAUAUUUCGGAGAUUCCUGCUUCCAACGACACUGUGAUCUGUACAAUCAAUGGCCACCAGAGCUCUCAUUCUUCAUCUCUGAUCCGUGUUCCUACCCGAAGAUGACGAGUCCCAAGUCUCAGGAAGGCUCGGACGGCUUCAAACGCACAAGUAUAUGGUCAUCAAGAAAACGAAACGGAACUGUGCUGACCUAUACACCAGGUGCACCUCGAAGAACACCUUCAUAUACAUCAGAUACUGUGCCGAGGCAGCGCAGGCGAAGUUCCAGACACUGGGGUGACCAUGCCUUAUGGGUCGGCAAUAUUCCUCAGAACACCACUGUGAUGAGUCUCAGGGACUAUUUCGCCGACGCCGCCCCAGCAGACCUACUUACUAUCUCAUACAAUCCUGACGCCAAGUAUGCUUUCGUGAAUUUCAGCACGGAAGCCGCUAGGGUUGCUGCAAUUGCCAAAGCUGCCAGCGAGCUCUUCGACGGGAGACGGCUUGACUGUCGCAUCCGAGGGGACAACGCUUCGAGGUCGACCAAAGUCAGUUAUGGCCUGAAUACCUCGGACCAUAGGGGCCUUUCGAUAUCUCCUGAACGUCGCGAAAACCUGUGGCACAAGGUCGAGGAACUCUAUCAAUAUCCGGAAGCCCAUCCAUCCCAACGGGGUAAGGACCAAUACUUCGUUCUGAAAAGCUACUCGCUCGAGGCACUCUAUCAAAGUCUGGCCACGAACUUGUGGUAUAUACCUAAGCGCCAUGUGGAGAGAUUGAACCACGCUUUCCAAACUGCCGGCAAGGUUUAUUUCCUGUUCUCCAUCAACGGAUCUGGCGAAUUCUUUGGAUAUGCUCUGAUGACUUCCGAGAUCCAAAUGGCAGACGAAUCUACUCCGCCGGCGCACGAAACUCGUGCCGCAGAUGCUUCUGCUCAACAAUCUCCUCUCCAGUUGAGGUCUUAUAAAACCGAUUCCAGGGCAGGAUCCAGGUCCAGAGCACUGUCGACCGCCUCGUCCGACGCAUCUCUUGGCUCCAUCCACUACGAGCCCGAAAGGAGAAGGAUCAUCUGGGAAGCAUCGCAUCACGUCUCCGAACUCCAAGUAUCGUCGCCUGAGGACAGCACACCUGACAUUUUGAGUCCUGUAACGCCGUCCGGAUCCCCUGACACGAGAUUUAAGAACCUGGCGACAAGUGGACCUCUUGCAUACGGCCCUGGUUCGCCUUUCACAUCAUCAGCAAACGCCUAUCAGUCUAAUAAUAACCCUCCUGGCUCUGAACUCCAGCAUAUCAGCAACCCGUGCCAGAUCAAGUGGCUUUCGACUCUGAACCUGCCGUUCGAUGAGGUCCGGGGAUUGAAAAAUGUCUGGAAUGAGGGCAAGGAAGUCCAUAUUGCCAGGAAUGUUACUGCUGUGGAACCAGAGGCUGGUGCAACGCUGUUGACACGGUGGAGGCGAAAAGAAGAGGCACGACGGAUGAAAAUCUCGACCGAGGCGAUAUCAAAGGCCUGGCCUGUACGCUGACACUUGUUCUGCCUCUUUUCUUACGCACCUUGUUUAGGUCGAUCACCAUCAUACGAGGGGUAGUGGACGCAGGUAUCAUCUCGCUACAGUAUGUAACCGCAUCUUCUAAUGAAGUAGGGGCUUCGGUGUCCAAGGAAUCGAAACGGUAUAUGAAGGAGGUUAUGUAUAAGGGUAUUUCACGACUGGGAAUGUGAUCAGUGGAGGAUGGUCGGGUCUCCGAGUGAGUCCGAGGAUACUAUGAAUGUCGAGUGUAUGAUUGACGACGGAUGUACGAUGGUCUCCGAAUUGCAGUAACGCAGAGGAAGAAUUUCGGGGGCAAAGACAAAGACACAGACAUGUUUUUGCGCAGAUUUCGCAAUCAGGUCAGGCUUAGACGCUCAAUUUGAGCAGUGAGUAGUGAGCAAAGCAAAGCAGCCAGGAGUCGCGAGAAAACAUGCUCAUGCUCGUGCUCCCUAUCGAAUCGAGUCUGUGCAAACAAAUAAACAUGCUCAAAGCUGAGCCAGAUGAGAUUGAGGUCAGAUCCACCUCCGCCAAGUCAGAUAUCUGCUGGGUCAAGCCACCUCCUGAUUUCCUUAGCCUCGCUGUGAUAUCUGCCGUUUACACAGUGCCGUACGGAGUAGGGAGUAGCCUAAAUACAGCACCAAGGUGUGGAUGUACAGGCAGCAUCUCCUGCCAGGGAGAGGCUUCAGCGCUUCAGCACUUCAGCCUAGAACGGCACGCACCGCCCUUUCCGCUCUGUCCACAAUGAUCUCGACAUCGGCCGCGGUGAUGUUGUAAGCCGGCGCAAGCACAAUGACGUCGCCGCUGUGGCCGUCCACGACGCCCGUGCCGGGGAGCAAUGAGAUGCCAAAGUCCGGCUUGAAGCCCGUGUUGUGGAUUUUGGCGGCGAUCUGGUCGGAUGGUGGGAAGGGUUUCUUUGUGGAUUUGGACUCGACGAAUUCGAGCUAUAUCACCGUGAGUUGGGCCAAGUCAAAAUCAAGGUCUGCCCCUGGCAACACGUUGGAUGAUGGGUAGUCAAUGGACCAAAAGACAAGGGACAAGGACGACCGCAAAAGCCACCACAAAGACAAAAAACAGGAAAACAGAAAGUGAAGGGGGAGGGGAGGGGGGGAAGUGGGCACAAGGACUGGCAGGGGUUGUCCAAAAAUAAGAGAAAAAGCACUUACACCCCAAAGUAGACCCCUUCCCCGAAUGUCGCCUACGUUCUUAUGCGCUCCCAGCCUUUCUGUCAACGAUUUACCUAGCUUCUCGCCCAUGACGCGGACGUUCUCGAGAAGGUUCUCCUCACGGAUGAUCUGUUGGACCCGAUUCGCCGCCGCGCACGCAACAGGGUGGCCCUGAUAUGUCUGGCUGUGCGCGAAGGCGCCGGUGCCAUGGCUCAGCACGUCCACGACGCGCUUGUUCACCAGCAGUGCGCCGAUCGGCGCGUACCCGGCACCCAGGCCUUUGGCGACGGUCUGGAGGUCGGGAACAACCACGCCGUAUGGGGUAUCUAGUGGGGAUUCUGAUUCUUGGGACCAGGCGUGCAUCGUGCCCGUCCGACCCAUGCCGGACAUGACUUCGUCGAGAAUGAAGAGCGCGCCGUGCCGGUCGCAGACGUCUUUCAUGGCUCGAAGGUAGCCAGGCACGGGAGGCACACAGCCUAGUGUCUAGACAUAUUUCCCAAUUUCAGUUCAGUUCAAUGCGUUGGGCCGUCGAAUGUCAAAGGCGGACGAGCCCCCG